AUGUUCCUGUUGUUAUUGAUAGUUUCUGUCCUUUCGGUUGAAGAGAAGUCGAUAUGUAUGAACGACUUCCUUGCCUUCAAUUAUGAAGAUGACCAAACACCAGUUAUCAAACAGUUUGACUGUUAUUCGGACCUACCCGAUCCAAUGGAAGUAAAAGGCAUAAACAACCAAGCUAUAUGUUAUGUCAGUGAGCAGUUUAUGUACCUAACAAAAGAUAAUCACACUUUUAAUCGGUGCGGAGAGUAUUUACAUAUUGUUGGAGCCUAUCAAAAACAGGUUUAUUGUAUGAUUGCCGGUUAUAUGAAUGUGUAUAAAGAAGGUGUGACUGAAUUUCUUGAAGGAAAAUACAUAUCUGUCAACUCCAGAAUAUACAACCAACUCUCUCCAAAAACUAAAGCUAAAAACAAUUAUGCCUGUCAAUUCACUUUUAAACACGUAUACUUGGAUUUGGGUAUGAACCCUUCUCUUGUAAUUGUCGAGAGGAAAAAGAAUUCCAAUAUAGUACAAAUCAUUAAUUGCAACCAAAUUAUGUCCCAAAUCAGAAUUUAUUCAGAAACUAUAGAUGAAUUUAUUUAUUCAAUGGACGAUGGAAAAUUUGAAGUUCCAAAUUAUGAAGGCAAUUACACUGUAAGAGUCUUUUCUUUCUAUAAUAACAGACUUGAGAUUAAAAAUAUCAAUUUAAACCAAGCAGAUUCAUUUGAAUUUGACUCAAGAUUCCCAGCAGAUAAAGGCGGGAACUGCUAUUAUGUCGUCAAUGAUGACGUGUACUCCCCAGAUGAGAAAAACGAGUCU